ACGGAGGGGCCAUAUUUUUGUCAUGUUCCUAAACCGAGUGGGCCCCGACAACUGGUUAAGAAGAGCUGAGUGUGUUUUUAACAGUGAUCUCCACACACGGUGAUACGUGGCAACAUCCUGCGACCCUGGGCCCCACCGAAUCGGCGGCACUACUCCCCUCUCUCUCCUUUCCUUCUAUAAAUAAUGCCCCCCUCUCUCUCCUCCAUUUCCCAAUUUAGUUAAUUUAAAUUUUUAUUUUCUCUCCGGAAAAACAAACUUUCCGGCGCAUCGUACCGGGGAAAAAUGGGCAUGAAAGAAACCGACCCGCUUUCGCAGCUGAGUCUGCCGCCCGGUUUCCGGUUCUACCCGACCGACGAGGAGCUUCUGGUUCAGUACCUCUGCCGGAAGAUCGCCGGCCAGGACUUCUCGUUGCAGAUCAUCGGGGAAAUCGAUCUGUACAAGUUCGACCCGUGGGUUCUUCCCAGCAAGGCGAUUUUCGGGGAGAAGGAAUGGUACUUCUUCAGCCCGAGAGACCGGAAGUACCCGAACGGGUCUAGACCGAAUCGGGUGGCGGGUUCCGGGUACUGGAAGGCGACCGGAACCGAUAAGGUGAUCUCCACCCAAGGGAGGAAAGUUGGGAUCAAGAAAGCUCUGGUUUUUUAUGUGGGCAAAGCUCCAAAAGGAACCAAAACCAAUUGGAUCAUGCAUGAGUACAGGCUCUGUGAUGCUCCAAGGAAAGCUGGCAGUUCUCGGCUAGAUGAUUGGGUGCUUUGCCGGAUAUACAAGAAAUUGACGAGCGCGGAGAAAGUGGCGGCCGGCGGGCAGAGCAAAGAACAGAGCCACCCGUCACCGUCAUCUUCGUCAUCACAGCUGGACGACAUGCUGGAGUCGCUGCCGGAGAUCGACGACCGGUACUUCACGUUGCCGAGGAUGGGCUCUCUGAUCAAGCAGGAAGAGAGGCUGAAUCUGCAAGAUUUGGGCGCCGGGAACUUCGACUGGGCGUGCAUGACCCCGCUCUCCGAUUUGGGUCAGGGCACCUCCGCCGCCGCCGGGCAGGCGCCGGCCGGAAACGACGUGAGCUUUCAGAACGACGUUUACGCCCUUGCGGGGAUGAAUUUCCAGGCCGCGGCGGACGAGGAGGUGCAGAGUGGGAUCAAGCGGCAGAGGGUCGACGGUUCGGGUUUCUUCCAACAAACUUUCCCGGCGAGGUUCUCCGGCACGCCCGACCCGUUUGGAAUCCGGUACCCGAACCCGAACCCGUCGACGGGCAUGGGUUUCACCAGGCAGUAAAUAUCAGAAAAACGGGUCGGGUGAGGGAGGUGGUUGUAUUUACUUUUUGGACCAGAGAGAGAGGGGUAGGUGGGAAGGUUUGGAUAUAAAUUGUAAGGGUACAUAUGGAAAUAUGCAUCGACAGAAAAAGUUACCAUCCAAAAAUUAAGCAAAAAUUGAAUUUCCUCAUACAUAUAUAUGUUCUUGACUAAUAUGAGAUGAAAAUGAUGAUAAAAACAAUAAUGAAAUAUCCAUAUGUAU